AUGGCUGACUAUGUAGCCAAGGGAUACGUUCGUAAACUAACGAAAGAGGAGCUACAGCAACCACAUAAACGAGUUUGGUAUCUUCCCGUUUUUCCCGUGCGAAAUCCAAACAAACCAAGCAAACUGCGAUUGGUUUGGGAUGCUGCAGCUACUUCUCACGGAGUCUCACUCAACGAUUUGCUGCUGAAAGGGCCAGACCAAUUAGCAUCACUUCUUUCUAUAUUGAUCCAUUUUCGUGAGUUCAAGGUGGCAGUCUGCGGUGACAUCCGCGAGAUGUACUUACAAGUACUUGUCAUGGAAGGUGACCAGCAAUGUUUAAGGUUCCUUUGGAAAGACCUGGAUGAGGAUGAAGAAGUCAGCGUGUAUAUCCUUCUUGUUAUGCCGUUCGGAGUUUGCUGUUCCCCAAGCAUAGCCCAAUAUGUAAAAAACACAAAUGCGAAACGUUUCGAGCAAGAUUAUCCUAAUGCAGUUCAUGCUAUCAUCAACAAGCAUUAUGUUGAUGAUAUGCUUGUAAGCGUGGAAACUGAGGAAGAAGCCAUUAUAUUGGCCAAAAAUGUCAAAAGAAUUCACAAAGCCGGUGGCUUUGAAAUGCGCAACUGGCUAUCGAAUUCGCCGAAGGUUGUAACAGCGCUCCACGAAACCGAUACUACAGAAAAAAAUCUCAGUAUUGGGAACAAAGUGACCACAGAAAAGGUCUUGGGCAUGUGGUUGGAUACAGCCAAGGACUGUUUCACAUAUAAGUUGUCAUCUCGUUUUGACACAAGUCUGUUGUCUGGCUCAAAACGUCCCACAAAGCAUCACCGUCGCUACAGUCAGUUCGUGGCUGUUCGAGUAAGCGAAAUUCUGGAGCUCACUAAUGUAGACGAAUGGCAAUAUGUCCCAUCCAAACUUAAUGUAGCGGACGAUGGAACCAAAUGGAAACGAAAACCUGAAUUGAAUGCAUCCAGCCGUUGGUUUCACGGUCCUGAGUUUUUGUGGAAUACUGAAGAGAAGUGGCCGUCGAGUUCACCACCUGCACGAACGAGCGACGAAGAAUUGCGACCUCAAUUUCUUCUGCAUUUCAUCCAAACCAAUCCUGUUAUUGAGAUGCAGAAUUUUUCACGUUGGAAACCUCUAUUACACAGAAUGGCAUACGUAUUUCGCGCUAUCGAUAACUUCCGAAAUGGUGUUUCGAAACAAACAUGUUCACGAGGCCCACUAACACAAAACGAGAUGAUCAAAGCCGAAAGUUAUUUGUAUCGUGUAGCGCAAAACAGCAAAUUUUCCGACGAGAUUGCAAUCCUGGCGUCGAACAAUGUUCCUGAUAAACCGAAGCAACAAAUCCGUAAGAGCAGCCCCUUAUUCCAUCUCUGUCCGUAUCUCGAUAGCAAUGGGCUAUUACGAGUUAGAGGGCGAACAAAAGCUUGCGAGUUCAUCGAUUUUCAUACAGCCAAUCCAAUCAUCCUUCCUCGCGAUCACUAUCUGACCAAGCUAGUAGUUGCGAGCAUUCAUGAGGAAUAUAAACAUCAAAAUCAUGAAACGACGAUGAAUGAGAUCCGACAGCGCUUUUACAUUUCCCGUUUAAAAUCGAUGUACCGAUCGAUGCGAAAUGAUUGUCAGCGUUGCAAAAUUGAUCGAGCUUCCCCUCAACCCCCACUGAUGAGUGAUUUGCCGGUAGCAAGACUUGCUGCAUUUAGUCGUCCGUUUACACAUAUGGGUGUGGACUAUUUCGGUCCAAUGCUGGUGUUAGUUGGACGGCGAACCGAAAAACGUUGGGGAGUACUGGCAACGUGCCUUACAACCCGCGCCAUCCAUUUGGAAGUUGCCUGUUCGCUGACGACCGACUCGUGCAUUCUAUCUAUCCGCAACAUCAUGGCUCGCAGAGGAACUCCAUCGGCUAUUUAUAGUGAUAGAGAAACAAAUUUUCAAGGAGCCAGCAAAGACCUGAAAGAAGCGAUGAAGAAACUGGACCAAGAUAAGUUGACGGCCGAAUUCACCACUCCAAGAACCCAAUGGAGAUUCAUCACACCAGCCUCUCCUCAUAUGGGAGGAGCCUGGGAAAGGCUAGUGAGAACAGUCAAACAGAACUUAAUGAAGUUGAAGACUAACAGGUUACCCACAGAUGAGGUGUUACGAAACUUAUUUAUCGAAGUCGAAAACAUAGUCAAUUCACGACCUCUUACAGCAAUCCCACUGGAUGAUGAUGAAUCUCCAGUAUUAACUCCAAAUCACUUUUUAAUUGGAUCUUCAAACGGCUUGCGAUCCUGGGUCCCCUUCGAUGACAAUCCAUCCUCGUUAAAACAGAACUGGCGACUUUCUCAAGAAAUAGCUAAUGCGUUUUGGAAAUCAUGGCUUCGUGACUACCUUCCUGAAUUGACAAGAAGAACUAAAUGGUUCACUGAAACCAAACCACUGGAAGUCAAUGACAUCGUAGUGAUUUCUGAUAAUAAUCUUCCGCGCAACUGUUGGCCCAAGGGACGAAUAAUUUCAACGAAGGUAGCAGCUGACGGUCAAGUCAGACAGGCAACAGUUCAAACCAGCACAGGAAUAUAUGAGAGACCCGCAGUUAAACUUGCAGUUAUCGACGUACGCGUAGGAAGUAAUACGUCUCCGUAA